UAGGAAAUGGAAGUCCAUGAGAACUCCAAGAUUUAUACGCAUUUCUUCUGAUGAUAUUAUCCGAUGGACGAAAUCUUGAAAGCUGAUAUUUUUUUUCUCCCUCUACUAUUACGGGUUUUUAAACCCUAACCAUGUAUUUCUUCACUUUUACCAUUUGCGGCGUUUAGGGACAGCAUAGUAAGGUGUCAUGGGCGUUUUGUCACACUGCCUCACUACAUGUCAUGGUUUUAUAGCCCCUCAAAGACUCAUACAUCUCAUUAAUAUUCAGUUGGACUCGUGGGCACGAGGAUUGAGCCAUGGUGGAUGUGGGAGGAACCGGGAUCAGAUGGUCUCGUCUGUUGUCAUUGAAAGAUGAGAAACUCCUCGUCACAGCCUAUGGUUCAGCCGUGUGGAUAGAAGAGCAGCAACAUGUUAGACGAUGCGAUGCCAUGUUGGCACAAGACGAGCACUUAGGCUUGACUGUUGAGGGGGCACGUUUAGAUAUGGCAACUCAACCGAUUGGAAGAUGAAAUAUAGGCCGGCAACUUGUGUCUUUUUCUCUGUUGUUUCAUUUAAGCAUGUCUCUAUAGCCGGAUUUAGUCUAUGAGCGUGAUGUGCCUGGUAUCUCCAUUUUACAGCAAAUAAGAGCUUUGACUAUUUUUAGUUA